AUGACUUGGUCCCGCCUCACGAGCUUUGGAGGCGAGAACUCCAUCUGGCUUUUCACUUCGGCUGUACUUGUUGGACUUGCCAGUUUCUUCGAUCUGCGCCAGGGACUUGUCAACUUGCUGUACACGGAAACACAUUGCUACCAGUCAGUGAGAACCCACUCGGAUGCAGAACCUUAUGCGAACUGCUUCUCUGUGUUGCCGUCUGGAGUCUUUUCACGAGUCUUCCAAGCGCCAACUGAAUCACCUUACGCGAGAAGCACUCGGCCGGGCUUCGCCAUUCCAGGGUUGUGGGACGGCCAUGGUCAUCUUCUGCAGUAUGGGGAGUUCCUGAAUUCGGUCGACCUCUUCGGAUCCGAGUCUUUCCAAGAUAUUAACACCAGAGUGAACACUUAUCUUGAUACUCACCCCGAUGCGGGAAGUAAGGAAGAAUGGGUUCGAGGUGUGGGCUGGGAUCAGAUGGCCCUGGGCCGCAUGCCAACUGCGGAUGAUCUGGCCUCUGAUGACAGACUCAGGAAUCUUUACAUUAUGCUGGAUCGCGUAGACGUCCACUGUAUUUGGGUUUCCCAGCCAAUACUUGACCUUCUGCCAGAAUCCAUACCUGACGUGCCCGGGGGCGAGAUCGUAAGACAUCCAGGCAUGGGGGUUUUCUGCGACAAUGCUAUGGACAUGAUCAUGGCUUUGUGGCCAAAGCCCGACAGUAAGAAGAAGCAAAAGUUUUUGAAGAGUGCCAUGUCAAAGUUGAAUGAGGUUGGACUCGUCGGUAUGGCUGAUGCAGGGGUUAUGCCUGGAAAUGCAGCUCUCUUCAAGGAGCUUGCCGGCACCGAGGACUGGACACUGAGAGUCUAUGCCAUGCUUGAAUGUGACGACCGUAACACAUUCUGCCCAGACUCCGCAGAGAAGCACGUCAGAGAUGACGGACUACUAAGCAUUGCCAGUGUGAAGCUGUUCGCAGAUGGAGCUCUUGGCAGCUGGGGAAGCGCCAUGAUAGACCCUUACUCCGACCGUCCUGACACUUCUGGCUCACUGCUUGUUAACGCAACCGAAUUGACGCGUGUAACGAUCGCCUGGGCUGAAGCUGGAUUUCAGGUCAACAUCCAUGCCAUCGGCGAUCUAGCGAACAGAAACGCGGUGGAUGCAAUGACUGCGGCGCUGGAGCGAGUCUGCCCUGGGGAAUCCCUUACAUCGUGCCAGUCCAGGCGACGCUUCCGCAUAGAGCAUUCUCAGAUCAUCCACCCGGAUGACCAGACCCGGAUUCACUCAAUUGGCAUCAUUCCGAGCAUCCAGCCCACUCAUGCGACGAGUGAUUUCGCCUAUGCAGAGAAGCGUCUGGGCCCUGAAAGAACGAGAACAGAGGCCUACAGGAUGCGUUCUCUGCUGGACGUGAACCCUAUCUUGGGUAGCGACUUUCCCGUGGAACCACCGGACCCCUUCCAAGGUAUCUACGCGGCCGUGACCAGGAAAAACCCGCACACGGGUCGAGGUACCGAUGGCUCGCCUGAUGGAUGGCACACCGAGGAAGCACUCACCCUCGACCAAGCGUUACGCGGCUUCAGUGUCGCACCCGCCCAUGGUGCUUUCUUGGGUGGCAAGGCUGGCGUUAUCCAAAAGGGAGCCUUUGCCGAUUGGGUGGUCAUUGAUGAGCCACUUGAGGAAACAGAUAUUGAGGACUUCCGUAACUUCAAAGUGCGCGAGACAUGGAUUGCUGGCAAGCGAGUAUAUAAACGGGACUGA